UUUAUUUCGUCAUCGAUAUCAUUUCGUUCUUCGACAUGAAACGUUUUGUGUUUUCUUUGGCUUGGCCUUUUGCCCUUCUGCUAGCUUCUUCCUUGGCCUCUGGUGCUGUUGUGGAACACACUUUCAAUAUAGGUAACUUCACUGUGUCGCGAUUGUGCAAUCAGCAUGUGAUUACUGCGGUCAAUGAAAGCCUGCCAGGACCAACGAUUAACGUUGAAGAGGGUGACACUCUUGUAGUUCAUGCAAUUAACAACUCACCCUACAAUAUUACCCUUCAUUGGCAUGGAAUAUUUCAACUAUUGACUGCAUGGGCUGAUGGACCUGAAUCUGUAACUCAAUGUCCAAUACGUCCUGGUGGAAGAUACACCUAUAGAUUUAACAUAACAGGACAAGAGGGUACCCUUUGGUGGCAUUCCCACUCUUCUUUUCUUCGUGCAACUGUCUAUGGAGCUCUCAUUAUUCGCCCUCGACGAGGACACUCGUACCCAUUCCCUUCGGUUUAUCAAGAAGUACCCUUAUUAAUUGGGGAAUGGUGGAAUGCUAAUGUUGUUGAUGUGGAGAACAAUGCUACAGAAACUGGUCUUGGUCCGGUUGAUUCAGAUGCUUACACGAUUAACGGCUUACCUGGCGAUUCUUACAAUUGCUCUCAAAAUCAGACAUACCAACUCCAAGUGAAGCAAGGAAAAACCUACUUGUUGCGUAUCAUCAACGCUGCCCUCAAUGAGCAACACUUUUUCAUGAUAGCCAACCACACUUUCACAGUGGUAGCCAUAGAUGCUUCCUAUACUCAACAUUACAACACCGACAUCAUAGUCCUUGCCCCAGGUCAAACCGUUGACGCACUCGUAACCACAAACCAAACCCUAGGCUCUUACUACAUGGUCUUCAACCCAUACCACUCCAACCCUAACGUGGGAAUCAAUGCCAACAUCACCCGAGGGGUGAUGGUGUACGAGAAUGCCACGUCAGCGUCACCCAUCAUGCCGAACCUUCCGGCCCAAACCGACACGUCCGAGGCCCACAAGUUCUACACGAACAUCACGGGCCUGGCUGGUGGGCCCCACUGGGUGCCCGUGCCACGUCACGUGGACGAGCACAUGUUCAUAACUUUUGGGAUUGGGUUAGACCAUUGCAACGAAACGGGACCCAACGGGUGUGGUGGAACAAACUUUAGACUCUCCGCGAGCAUGAAUAAUGAGUCCUUUGUUUUGCCCAAGGGGCUUUCGAUGAUGGAGGCUUUUUACCGAAAUGUUAGUGGGGUGUACACUAGAGAUUUUCCUAGUAAUCCUCCGUUUGUGUUUAACUACACCGAUCCUGCGUUAGAGACCAACGGAACGGCCAUUGCUUAUGCACCUAAAUCAACUAAGGUGAAGACUUUGAAGUUCAAUUCGACGGUGCAAGUUGUGCUUCAGAAUACGGCUAUACUUGCUAGGGAGAAUCAUCCAAUUCACCUUCACAGCUUCAAUUUCCAUGUUUUGGCUCAAGGGUUCGGGAAUUAUGAUUCCAAUGUGGAUGAAUCCAAGUUUAAUUUGCAUAAUCCUCAAAUUCGUAACACGGUUGCGGUGCCCGUGGGAGGAUGGGCCGUUAUUAGAUUCCAAGCCAAUAAUCCAGGUAUAUGGCUUGUGCAUUGCCAUUUGGAGACUCAUUUGCCGUGGGGGUUAGCCAUGGCUUUCGAGGUUGAAAAUGGACCUGAACCUUGGGUGCUGCCACCGCCACCAGCUGAUUUGCCCCAGUGCUGAGUGAAAAAUACACCGAUACACUUCACACCUUAUAAAUUUUAAAAUAAAUGAUGAAAUUUGAUCGGAUUUAUUUACUGUAACAUCUCAUAAUGUUCAUUUUUAAUUCUAUUUGUUUGACUAAGAAUAAAGAAAGUAUGGUGAUAGCUGACAAUUAAUGAAAGGUUAUCUUCAUGAAUCUA